AUGCAUAGGAGGGGAUAUCUAUCCCACGAGGCAACAUUGCAGCAAAUGUUCGAGACAGGAUGCGGUGAAGCACUCUUGCAAGUUUGCCAAAGUCACAGUGACUUUGUUCAGGCUCAUAGUCUUGAUAUUCUUCACAAUGCCGUGCGUCGGGGAAGUACCUCGCUGGUAGAGCGCCUCACAAACAAAGUCGAAUAUCAGAGUGAAGCCGGUGUUGGGGACGAUCAGAUGCCUCUCCUUCUGAUAGCGGCAAGCGGCUGGUUCGUGCGGCCACAGCCAAUUCUAGACAUCCAGAAGGAAUACAUCUGCCAAACGGACAAGAUGCACAACGCUAGAUGUGCUUUGCAUUUGGCAGCUAUAUUAGGGAAUGAAACUCUGGUCACAUGGAUCAUUGCCUCCUGUACCGACGUGGCCAGAACCAUCAACGCCCAAGACGCUUCAUUAGCCACGCCCUUGCCGCUCGCUGCUAGGAAUGGUCACUUUAAGAUUGUUCGGCGGCUUCUUGAUGCGGAUGCCGCCAUAUCCAUGGCUGACAACGAAGGCCAAACCGCGUUGCACGAAGCGGCCGCAAGUGGUCGAUGUGAAACCGUCCAACUUCUCCUCUGGAAAGGGGCGCUCAUCUGUUCUACAAACAAGAAGGGCCAGACACUGCUGCAUGUUUCUCUGGAAAGUGGCCACCCUGAAAUCGCACUUGUUCUCCUGAGCCACGCGAAGGCUGCGCACACAGAGCCAGCGGGAGAUGAGAAGCAGGACAGAACAAAGCCGGAUUUGAUCAAUAAGGCAGGAUUGAAGCUCGUGGAUAAGGAGGGAAACAGCCCGAUCCAUCUUGCAGCUCGCCGAGGACAAAUCUACUAUUGGCCCGAAGAGCCAAAGUACAAGCUCGACUUGGUGGCCCGGAACCCGUCCAUCGAGGACCUCCACCGCCACCCGGCCUCGCUGCGCGGCAUGGGCUACUGCAAGGCCUUUGACGUCUACUCGCUGGGCCUGGUGCUCCUCGAGAUCGGCCUGCGCAAGGUCCUCCAGACGUACCACAAGCCGCACUAG